AUGGAGAACUCCAUUCAGAUUGGUUUAGAUGAUUUAGAAGCCAUAACCCGCGAGUUUCCUAAAUGGCAACGAGACGGGGUUCGGAAUGUGAAGUGCUCGUUGGGGCUUAUGAGGAUGCUGUUUCAGUGGAGAAAGAUAGGGGGCGAAGAUGCAGGCAGCGAAUCUGCCCUGUGUACUGUGGAGGAGACUGUUCUCAAAUGUUCUCUGGAAAUUCGAUUUCUCUACCUUAAGUUGAAGGAACCUAGUAAUGAUCAUGUGACUUCUGAUCAGGAAUGGUGUCGAUUCUUUAAGUUUCUUCAUGAGAUUGUGGAAUCGAUUUGGCAAGGAAUGGAGGAAACCUUCGAUAUUGUCUCAGACGUGGUUCGGAAGAGGAAGACUAGUUCUUCUUCUCAUUUGGAAAUGGAGGAACUCCUGGAUAUCAUCGAAUUUCUGGGAGGUUCUUAUGAUGAUGAGAUAGCAGUGAACGAAGCUUUAGAAUUGUCUCAGUCAUCUAUUCAUCAUCUCACUCCUCAGAGCAAUGCACUUGAGUCGUCGGUAGCCUUUGUUGGGUCUCUCCGCUCUUAA